AUGAACACCACUGUCAUUCUAGGGUCAGGCAUUAUCGGCGUGUCGACGGCAUACUAUCUCUCCGAAACGCAACCCCCAUCGUCGAUACAUCUCGUGGAGCCGUCGCCUGACUUUUUCUCUUCCGCCUCUGGUUUCGCUGGCGGCUUCCUGGCUAAAGACUGGUUCGCACCUCGACUCGCCUCCUUGGGCGAGCUCAGCUUCAACGAACACAAACGACUGGCUGCAGAGAACGAUGGGAGACAGAACUGGGGAUACGCAAAAACCGACAGCUUCAGUCACGCAUCGGGGCCCCAAAGUCGCAGUGGCGAUACUGACUUGGAUUGGCUUGAUACUGGCGAGAGCCGCGCUCAAGUCGCGCAAGCCGCCGGCCCCAUGGACACGACGAUCCCGGCCUGGCUGCGAAGGCGAGAAGGCGACAACGUACAAUCCAUUUCCGAGGACGGCACCACAGCGCAAGUUGACCCUCUCCGCCUGUGCCACUUCCUCCUCGAAGCAUGCCGGUCGCGCGGCGUCCAGAUCCAUCACCCCGCCACGGCCCUCUCCGUCGGCGCCGACGCCAUCCGCAACGAGCUCGCCAGCGUCCGCAUCGCGCAGACGGACACUUCAACCGAGACGGACGUUCCCUGCGCGCAGAUCCUCAUCGCCGCCGGCGCCUGGACACCUCGCGUCUUCGCCACCCUCUUCCCGCUCUCGACGACCAGCAUCCCCAUAGGGAGCCUGUCAGGCCACUCCCUCGUCCUCCGGCCUCCAGCGCCCCGCCGCCCGGACGCCUGCCACGCCGUCUACAGCACCGCAGCCGACGGCUGGUCGCCCGAACUGUUCUCCCGCCUGGGCGGCACGUUCUACGUCGCGGGCGUCAACUCGACGGCCGAACCGCUCCCCGCCCUCCCCUCCGAGGCGCCCAUCAGGCCGGACAAUAUUGCCGCGCUCAGGAGCGCCGCCGCGCAGCUCGUCGAGCGGGGCGACGAGCUCGAGGUCGUGCGCGAGGGCCACUGCUUUCGCCCCGUCACCGCGACGGGCGCGCCGCUGCUCUGCCGCGUGCCGGACGCGGCGCUGGGGCCGGGCAUGGCGACGCGGCCGGGGGCCGGUGGCGGGGUCUUCGUCGCGGCGGGACAUGGCCCGUGGGGGAUCUCGCUGGGGGUCGGGACGGGCAGGGUCAUGGCGGAGAUGAUGCAGGGGAGGCCCUUGAGCGCGGAUGUCGGCCGUCUCGGAUGGCGCUGA